AUGUUAGAACUCCUACCAAUAUCAUUUACAUUAGGAUCAUUAGUUAAAGUUUUUUUAAUUAUGAGUAUUAAUAUGUUUGUUAGUUAUACAUGGUAUUCACCAAUAGGUUUCCAAAAACAAUGGAUGCAAGCAGUACAAUGGAAAGAAGAUGAUCAAUGUAAUAGUACAGCUGUGCUUAUGUCAAAUAUAGGAGCUUUAUUAAAUUCAUUUUUAUUGAAUAUACUAUUAAUUGCUUUCGAUAUUCGAAAACAACAAUAUCUUAGUGCUAUGUUGGCUUCAGCAAUAUUAUGUGGAUUCUAUACUUUUAAUGGUUGGAAUUCGGUAUUUUUUGGAAAAAAAAUCGAAUAUACACAACGUCGUACAUUGUAUUUACUUGAUAUUGGUUUUACAUUUGUUCUCUAUACGCUCAUAUCAUUUGUGUUAAUUAGUUUUUAA